CCUUUCCCCCCUCGCAAGCAAAGCCAAACAGAUCUCCUCGUCGUCGCCUCGCUGUCUCCUCCGCCGUUGCCUGCGAUCCCGAUCAUGGAGGGCGACAGUACCAACCUCGACGCGGCUAUAGAGUCGCUCCUGAACGUGGAGAAGCAGAUGAGGCUGGCCGGCGAUGUCGCCGGCACGCGGAAGGCCGUCAUCGACAUCGUCGAGCUCUGCUACAAGGCCGGCGCGUGGAAGACGCUAAACGACCAGAUCGUUCUCCUCUCCAAGAGGAGAGGCCAGCUUAAGCAGGCCAUUACUGCUAUGGUUCAGAAAGCAAUGGACUACAUUGAUUUGACACCAGACAUUGACACACGCGUCGAGCUAAUCAAAACACUGAGCAGCGUCUCUGCUGGCAAAAUUUAUGUUGAGAUAGAGAGAGCAAGAUUGAUCAAAAGGCUUGCAAAUAUCAAAGAGGAGCAGGGAAAGAUUGACGAGGCUGCUGAUUUGAUGCAAGAAGUUGCUGUCGAAACAUUUGGCUCCAUGGCAAAGACGGAGAAAAUUGCUUUCAUUCUUGAGCAGGUCCGGCUAUGCCUAGAUCGUCAAGAUUAUGUCCGAGCACAAAUUUUAUCAAGGAAAAUCAGUACUAGAGUAUUUGACGCAGAUCCAUCAAAGGAAAAAAAGAAACCAAAGGAGGGUGACAACAUUGUUCAGGAUGCUCCUGCAGAUAUUCCUUCCCUCCUAGAAUUGAAGCGUAUCUACUAUGAACUGAUGAUUCGAUAUUACUUGCACAACAAUGAUUACCUGGAAAUCUGUCGUUGUUACAAGGCUAUUUAUGAUAUCCCAGCAAUAAAGGAAGAUCCAACCAAGUGGAUACCGAUUCUUAGGAAGAUCUGUUGGUACUUGGUGCUAGCACCUCAUGAUCCUAUGCAAUCGAGCCUUCUCAAUGCUACACUAGAGGAUAAAAACCUUUCAGAAAUCCCAAAUUUCAGGUUAUUGCUGAAGCAGCUGGUUACCAUGGAGGUCAUCCAGUGGACAGCAUUGUGGGAAUUCUCUAAGCACGAAUUUGAAAACGAGAAGAAUCUGCUAGGAGGAGCUUUGGGUGCCAAAGCUGCAGAAGAUUUGAAGCUAAGAAUAAUUGAACAUAAUAUCUUGGUUGUGUCUAAGUACUAUUCGAGGGUUACCAUAAAGAGGCUUGCUGAUCUGCUCUGCCUGAGUUUGCAGGAGGCAGAGAAGCAUCUUUCAGACAUGGUGAACUCAAAAUCUCUGACUGCGAAGAUCGACAGGCCGAUGGGAGUUGUGAGCUUCCGGGUAGUUCAGGACUGCAACGGCACACUUAACUCGUGGGCUACAAACCUCGAGCAGCUUCUUGACCUUGUCGAGAAGAGCUGUCACCAGAUACACAAGGAGACUAUGAUCCACAAGGCGGUAUUGAAAGCUUGACUGAUUGGCGCUGGCUGUUUUUGCUUCGUAAGUAAGAUACUGUACCAGCAGAAGGACGGGGAUGCUAUUUGUUGCUGAACUCUUGCUGCACAUUAUUUGAAUUCUUAGAUCUGCAAUCAGAUACCUACUCCUGAAAAGCUGAUCCGGCUCCUCAUUCAAACUCAGUUCUCCAGUCUUCAUUCUGGGAUAGCAAGAACGUCAAUUAUUUAAAUAUUAAUUGGUGCUGCCAAGAAAUCUCUGCAUGUCAGUCGCCGUAUAACCACAUCCUCAAUAUUCAAGUUGGGUCUAUGUAUCUCUAAUCUAAUCUAUUCUACGAGAGCUGUUUCUUUGUUUU